AGCACGAAGAAGGAAGCAGUGACGCACUGACGCACCGACCACCGCUUUCCUCAGCUGGUCCAGGCUCCAUCUUCCCUCCACCCCCUCCGUCCAGCCACUCCAGUCCCCGCCGCCGCAUCACUUCAACUUCUUGCGCAUUCUGGCCAGCUUUCCCCAAAGUCAACCCAGCAUCUGCAUCUCCAAGAAAGUCCUCACACGACACAAAAACCACCAGCUCACCGUCGCAGCUCUCUUCUCUCCUACGACAUUGCUAAAAAGUACCAAUUUCGACUGCUGCAUCGAAUAUUCCACAUACAUCUGUUCCGCCCUUGAGAGCCGCUGCACUCAGAACACAUCACGAUGGCUCCCCCUCCGCCUGCCAACGUCCCUUUGACCCAGAGGCUUUUGCUUCUGGCCCAAACCCUGCAAUUCGCUUGGUUCGCCGGACACUUGUCGCUGAUUUUCGCCGUUAUCCGUUAUGGCUUCUCCUACAUCUCCUUCAACUACUACAGCCGGGUCGCCCGCUUCAGCUACAGACUCACCUUUUUGUCUGCUGCUCUGACCUACGGCAUCGUCGUUUACAAGACUCUCCGCGCACGCAGCAAGGCUGGAGCUAAGGCUCCCCAGAGCCCUCUGGCCCUGAUUGCCGACGAGAACGUUCAGUACCUAGUCAUGUCCCUGGUGUGGCUUCUGUCCCCCCAGUACCCCCUGGCCAUGCUCCCUUACGCCAUCUACUCGAUCUUCCACGUCGCAACUUACACGCGCGCCAACGUGAUCCCCACCAUCACCCCCCCCAAGCCCGUCACGCCCGCUGCUGGUGCUUCCCCUAGCGGCAAGGCCCAGUAUGCGAACAACCCGAUCGCCGACAAGAUUGGCGCCUUCGUCAAGGAGUACUACGAUGCCUCCAUGUCUGUCGUGUCCUCGCUCGAGAUCCUUCUCUGGGUUCGCCUUCUUCUCUCUGCCAUCACCUUCCAGCGCCGCUCUUGGAUCUUGAUUGCCAUCUACACUGCAUUCCUCCGUGCUCGCUUUACCCAGAGCACCCACGUCCAGAACUCGCUCGCUCUUCUCGAGUCUCGUGUCGACUCCGCUGUCGGUAACCAGGGCACUCCCCCUGCCGCCCGCCAGGCUUGGGAGACCGUCAAGGGAGGUGCGCGCCAGUUCUACGCCUACACUGACCCCAACCGCUACCUCAGCGGUACCGCCGUCCCCAAGAAGACCUCGUAAAGCAUUGACGAGACAGGCGAAACGAUUCAAAGUCACGAAUGCCUUCAAGGGUGCAAUAUCAGAAGCCUUACUCGAGAUGAGGUUGUUUGUCUGGCGGCUCCGCCGUUGCGACGAGUCAGGUUGCAAGCCAACCACGAUAAGAGUGUUUCUCGGCAGGGGAUGAUGAAAGGAAGAGGUUUAUAACGAGAGUAUACGGUCGCAAAGGAAAAGAAAUGAGCGGGAGGGUUUAUGGCCGGCCAAGGUUGACAUGGUGUUUCGCCGGUAAUUCAGGUUAUUGUAGUGUAGGCGAGUUUGGGGCCUGGUCGUUACCGGGUUGCUCUCUGCAUCGCACGAUGAUUUCAGGUUUCCCGUUGCUCGUUGGCUCCGGCCUUUGUUUGUUAGUUUUUGUUUGAGCAGUAAAUCCAAAUUCGCAUGACUACAC